AUGUUGGUUGUAGGUUUGGGACAAUUAUCAACUCCAUAUGGUGUGGAACAAGGUGGCUGGGCAUAUUCCUCAACCUUACUCAUAGGGCUUGGAAUCAUGUGCACUUAUACUUCUCACAUCCUCGGCAAAUGCCUUCGCAGAUAUCCGACGAAGCUAAGAAGCUACGCGGACAUCGGCGGCCAAGCAUUUGGAUCGAAAGGAAGGAUACUAGUCUCUACCUUCAUAUACAUGGAGAUCUUUAUGGCUCUAAUUUCCUACACUAUUUCGCUACACGACAAUUUGAUAACUGUUUUUUUAGGAACUAUUUUGAAACUUAACCUGGCGAAGUUGUCAACUUCGCAAUUACUAACUAUUGUGGCUGUGUUCAUUGCUCUCCCUACAAUGUGGAUAAGAGACCUUUCUUCCAUUUCGUUUCUUUCCACCCUUGGGAUUCUCAUGUCCGUCGUCAUUUUCGUGUCGCUGGCGGCCGCCGCCGUUUUCGGAGGUGUUCUGACUAAUCAUAGCAUACCGGUUUUUCAGAUGCAUAAUAUUCCUUCAAUUUCUGGGCUUUUUCUUUUCAGCUAUGGAGGACACAUUGUUUUCCCUAAUAUAUAUAAAGCUAUGAAAGACCCUUCAAAGUUUAAGAAACUUUUCUUGGUAUCCAUUGUGAGCUUCACAAUUGUGACAGCACUAUAUAUGAUAAUUGGGUUCCUAGGUGCAAAGAUGUUUGGGCCUAAUGUUAACUCUCAAUUCACUCUAAGCAUGCCACCAAAGCAAAUCAUUACAAAGAUUGCUCUAUGGGCUACAGUGUUAACCCCCAUGACCAAAUAUGCCCUUGAAUUUGCACCUUUUGCAAUACACUUAGAGCAUAGGCUUCCAAGUUCAAUGAGUGGAAGGACAAAAAUGGUAAUUAGGGGUUGUGCUGGUUCAAUCUUCCUUUUGAUCAUUCUUGCACUUGCUCUUUCAGUCCCAUAUUUUGAGCAUGUACUUAGCCUCACUGGAUCUCUAGUUAGUGCAGCAGUUUGUUUGAUUUUGCCAUGUUCUUUCUAUCUCAAAAUCUUUUGGGGUCAAAUUGCAAAGCCCCUUUUGCUCCUAAACUUUUUCCUCAUCAUAUUAGGGUUCUUUCUUGGGGUCAUGGGUACUAUUUCCUCAUCAAGAUCAUUGGUGGAGAGUUUUCAAGCACAUCAUUCUAGCUGAAGGAAGGAUUUUAUUAUGAAACUAUAUAAGGAGAUGUCUUGUUUCUAUUUUUAUUUUCAGUGUUUUUGUUUUAAGGAUCUUUUGACAAAAAAAAGGUCAAAAUAAAAUUAAUAGAUUCUCAUUUUCUUGUUUUA